UGUCAACCGCUGUGGAUCUAUCUGCAACAAUCCUUUUCAAAAAGGACAGAGAGAAAGAGAGAGAGAGUGGAAAUGGAGCCAACUGAAGCUACUUAUGAGUAUUAUGACUACGAGGAGACGGAGAACUCCACCAUGUGUGACUAUUCUGAGUGGACGCCGUCAUACUCUGUCAUCCCUGUGCUGUACAUGCUCAUCUUCAUCCUUGGUCUCUCUGGAAACGGGGUGGUCAUCUUCACCGUGUGGAGAGCCCAGGGGAAGCGGCGAGCAGCUGACGUCUACAUUGGCAACCUGGCCCUGGCUGACCUCACCUUUGUGGUCACUCUGCCUCUGUGGGCUGUUUACACAGCCAUGGGCUACCACUGGCCCUUUGGAGUGGCUCUGUGUAAGAUCAGCAGCUACGUGGUCCUGCUCAACAUGUACGCCAGCGUCUUCUGCCUCACCUGCAUGAGCUUCGACCGCUACCUGGCCAUUGUCCACUCAUUGUCCAGCACCCAGCUGCGCACUCGUGGCCACAUGCGGGGCUCCCUGACAGCCAUCUGGCUGCUGUCCGGUCUCCUGGCUGCCCCGACUCUGGUCUUCCGCACCACCAAGUACGAUCUGACCAGCAACCGCACAUCCUGCGCCAUGGACUUCAGCCUGGUGGUGACAAGCAAGCAGCAAGAGAACCUGUGGAUCGCUGGCCUCAGCAUGUCCUCUUCAGCUCUGGGCUUUCUUCUGCCUUUUUUGGCAAUGAUGGUGUGCUACGGCUUCAUCGGCUGCACUGUCACCCGCCACUUCAACACUCUGCGCAAAGAGGACCAGCGUAAGAGGAGGCUGCUGAAGAUCAUCACCACGCUGGUAGUCGUGUUCGCCGCCUGCUGGAUGCCCUUCCACGUGGUGAAGAGUGCUGACGCCCUCUCAUACCUGGACCUGUUUCCAGACACCUGUGCCUUCCUGCGCUUCCUGCUGCUGGCUCACCCGUACGCCACCUGCCUGGCCUACAUCAACAGCUGCCUCAACCCCUUUCUUUACGCCUUCUUCGACCUGCGCUUCAGAUCCCAGUGCCUGUGCCUACUCAACCUGAAGAAGUCCUUGCAUGCAAGCCCUGCCAGCUCCCUGUCCUCUCAGAAGACAGAGGCACAGUCUCUGGCCACCAAGGUGUGACAUCAGCUGAGGGCCCAGAGGCAUGCUGGGGAAGAGGAGAGGUGAACAAUGCACAGCAAUGCAGGUAAAUCAGAACUUUACAGUGCUGGGUGCUUCCUCACAGAUCGUCUGUGGUCAGUUUCAGGGUGUCACCUUUGCUCCCCACUGACUCUGGACUACUGUAGGCAUUUGUCUGCAGAUGACGCUCAGGCUUGUGGAUGUUGGGUCUGACCUCACUCCAUUUCCAGCCUCACUGUCCGUAGCAGGGAAGCGACACUGAACUAUAAUACAAGGGGACCAAGCAUAAAAAGUGGAAUGUAUUUUAAAAGGACAACACACUCAUGUGUUUCUCUUGGUUCUCCUGUGGACUUAAUGCAAAAUAUUGAGCUUUGUCUUCAAGUCCCGGUUAAGUGUGUUACUCAUGCAUUUGCCCCCACUGUUCUUGUUUUCAUUCAAGCACUUGAGGUGUGAUAUCUACCAGACUACCCCGCUCUCCAGUUCAAUCUGUAGUAUCUGCACCACAGCCAGCAGUGUCAAACGUCUGUGUGUGUGUGUGCGUUUGUGUGAAGGAAGGGUGCGCCAGCUGAUGAGAGGUGUUAAAGUCUGAUAAGAGCGUUGUAAGGGAAGAUGAAGAGAUUGUGUGUGUUGGGAGGGGUGGGGGUGGGUGGGUGGGGGGUCUGGGAGGAAGUCCCAGACAGACAGACAGAUGGCAGCUGACAAAUGUUUUCAGGCUGGUGGAGGGCCCAAUUAAAAGGUGACUGCUUUGACAGUCUGCUGGUGUGUGUGUGUGUGUGUGUGUGUGUGUGUGUGUGUGUGUGUGUGUGUGUGUGUGUGUGUGUGUGUGUGUGUGUGUGUGUGUGUGU